ACAUGUGAACACUACUACUAAACUCACAGAUGUGCUUAAAUUUCUUUAGUCUGCCUCUGCCUAUUAAAAACCAAGAAAGAGGUCCCUUUUAUUUACUGUUCCAACAACUUUUCACCAGGAUUAUUACUCUCCCAUCCCAUGCAAAAAAAAAAAAACACUAAUAAUGACAUUGGAUUCGAUAUAUUUCCCCUUUCCCGUCGUAAUAAUACUUUAUAUAAAUACACACCUAAACUCAGAUCUCUGUUUGUAUCUCAACCAUUGACUACAAAGAUUUGACUUGCUUGAGCCUCCUCUCCUCAGAUGAAAAAAAAAGCUUAUCUUAUUACUACACUUGCUUACACAUCUCUUGAGUAGUGUCACUACCUCCCAAGAUUCUAAAAAUAAAACCGUAACCCACAAAUCUCGCCUUUAAGACACCAUUAAAAGCCCCAAGAUUCAGCUUACUUACUCCAUCCAAAUCAAGAAACUUCAAGAACUUGGAUCCAGAGAAACACAAAAUGGCGGGAUUCACCAUGAGCUUGAACUUGAUUCUACUAGUAGCAAUGGUAGCUACAAACAUCCUCUCACUCUACCAUCUCUCCUCCACCACUAACUUCUUCCAAUCCACCGUCAAAUCCACGCAAUCCUCUGUUCCCACUGUCCCCGACCACCUCCUCCGUCAGCUCCACACUAUCCGCGCCGCCAUUAACCACCUCACUACUCACCAACCUGACAAAUCAACCUCAACAGCAACCUCACGCUCCUCCUCUUCCUCAUCCUCAUCCGCACCUAAAGAGCUUCUCAUCUAUUCAAAACUCUCACCUAUAGCUUCUUCUUGCCAUAACUACCCUGACCUUCUCCACGAGUACAUGAACUACACUCCUUUCUCUCUCUGUCCUUCCGACACCGAUCUCGUNACCGAUCUCGUCGAGAAACUCAUCCUCCGCGGCUGCCACCCGCUUCCUCGCCGUCGCUGCUUCUCGCGAACGCCGCGGAGCCCGUCAGAUUCGAAGCCUGAAUCUAAUGUCAUCUGGUCUUACUACUCUUGCAAGACCUUCGAUUGCUUGGUUACUAAAUUCCCAAAUCUAGGGUUCGAUCUCUCUUUAGAGAAAUCCAAAUCUCAGUUCUCCGUUUACAAAUCCGAGCUCGAUUUACCGAUCUCGCAGCUUCUCCAGAUCGCUAAAUCGGCCAAUUCUGUUCUCCGCCUCGGGAUCGAUGUCGGCGGUGGGACUGGCUCUUUCGCCGCGGCGAUGAAGGCUCGUAACGUUACGGUUCUGACCACGACGAUGAACUUCAACGCGCCGUAUAGUGAGGCGGUGGCGAUGAGAGGGCUUGUGCCGCUUCACGUGCCGCUUCAGCAGAGGCUCCCCGUGUUUGAUGGUGUUGUGGAUUUGGUUAGGUGUGGGAGAGCGGUUAACCGGUGGAUUCCGGUUACGGUUAUGGAGUUUUUCUUCUUUGAUUUGGAUCGGAUACUUCGUGGCGGUGGUUAUCUUUGGUUGGAUCGGUUCUUUAGUAAAAAAGUUGAUCUUGAAAAUGUUUAUGCGCCUAUGAUUGGGAAGUUGGGUUAUAAGAAGGUGAAAUGGGCGGUGGCGAAUAAAGCGGAUUCGAAACAUGGUGAAGUGUUCUUGACGGCUCUGCUUCAGAAACCUGUUGCAAGAUGAUGAUAAAUCCUUUUUUUUUGUGAGGGCACUUUCCUCGAGUUUCAGAAUGUGUAUGUUUGUAGCAAACAGCUUACUGUUGUUGAAGAUUUAAUAGAGAUAAGAUUCUUGGAUUAUUUCAGACAUGAAAGCUUUUUUCUCAGCUGUAAGCACAGAAGCAAAGAUGUUAUUUCUUAUGGGAAACAAGAAGUAGAGAGAGGGUAUUUAUAACCAAGAUUUGAUAUUGUUGUUAGAGGAAACAUGGUGGUAUACAUAAAUUGUGGAAUCUUCUGCUUGUUUCUAUCAUAGCUAAUAUUUAUAUUAUUCCUUAGAUGGUAUUUUUUUUUUUUUGUGGAAAGCAGAUUGCAGAAUUGUUAAAAGAAGUUUCAGUUUCAGGGUUAA